AUGGCUCCCGAGACACGUUCUCGUGGCGUGCCUCCUCCCAGCCGGGUAUACAACUCCUCGCCCGCCUUGCAGCAGGUCCAAUUUCCCGCGCGACGGAAAAGGAUUCGCAGAUAUGCAGGCUCUGAACAGCCGAGCCUGAAGCAACAGACUUUGACUCAGAUCGAAUUUGUCUCCAGCCUGGGCGAGGACAUCCAAAUUCUCAGCGACAGCGAUGAGGAUGCUCUAGAUGGAGGAGGCCUUGCCUCGGAGGACAAGGAGAAUGUAAAGCCUCGUUUGGCAGACGAGCCGGACCAAACGGCCCAAGAAGCGGAGGACGGGGAAGAUGAUGACGAAGAGCCCAUCCCUACGAGACGCAAGAGAUGGGCUUCAUCGACAGCACGACAGGGGGAAAAACGACGACGAACCAUGGGCGAUGACGCAAAGAGAGCCGUUGCGCCCAGGAAGGGGGACAAAUCACGGCGAAGGACGUUGGGUGAUGUGCCGACAUCUUCGAACUAUCAAACGCAGACCCUUACACAGUUCCUGGGCCACCAGACAUCCUUCGUAGCCGGUUCGGAUGAUGACGACCUGGAUCUCGACGAGGACCAUGGAGACGAUGGGUUUCUCUCGUGGCUAGGUGAACCGGGUAGUCCGAGUGCUGGGCGAGGCAGACGGAACGAUCCGUCGCCAUCUGCGAGGCGGCAUCACGAAGCAGCGACUGCAGCUGCCGUCUGCGGUGCGGAUGAAGUCUUGUCGCGCGAAAAUUCUGUUAUUCCCCAGACCCCGGCGAAGAGGAACACUUCCAUUCGGUUUGAUCUUUCCUCGGGGGGACGACAGCCCCCCGGUCAGACCAUGGUUGAUCGCUACGGGGCACCGGAUCAGCAGGACUCACCGUUGAAGAAUCACUCUUCGUCCAUGCAGCCGCAUCCGGUGAAACUCACCGGGGAGCCUUGGCGGGACUCGCCGGGCGCGGCGAGACCGCCGUCUCUGGUUAUCAAAGACUCGUAUACCACGGACGAUUGUACCACGCCCAGCAAGAGCCAGGCGAGGAUACUGCAAAGCAGAUCACCGACUCCUCUGCGUGCUUCGCAUCAUGCCCCGUCCAUACUGAGCCCUGUAGGAUAUGAGGACAUGCCGACGAAGAAGAAAGGGGCCCAGAGGGGAGCGGAGGCGACUUUGCCGGAGAUGCUGGCUGCCGAGGAGCUGUAUGAGAUUCCCGACUCGGAUGAGGACGACGGCGAGGGCGAGGGCGAGGGCGAGGGCGAGAACAUGGAGGAGAGAUAUGGCGCCGGCAUCGAGACGCAGCUGGUCUUGAGUGAGCUUGCGUCUACGGAAGAGAAGCUUGGCAAGUCCCAGGAUGCGAUGCCUCGUUCGGCACGGACUUCAAGGCGGCACACACAACCCGAAUCCGCACCAUUAACAGUCCAAUACGAGCUGCAACCCACGACACCGUCAGAACCGACUCCUCCGCCGCCCUCAAAUCCCAUCCGCAAACCCAUCCCGCACAUGUCCAGCCGCACUCAAAUCCAGAGCCAACCAUGGGAAUCCCAACGCGUCCCCGUUUCCAUUCUCCAAUCCCUCCCCACCCCAUCCGCACGCUCAGACAUAAUCAUUCCCGUGUCAGCCGCCUCCCUCGAAGCCCUCACAACCGGUCACACGCUGCAUAUCACCGCACCCUUCAAAGUUCCCUCCCAGGUCGUCCGCUUCUGGCUCUUCGAGAACAACCUCCUCCGGUACAUGGCCUCUGUCGAACCAGCUCAGCAAGUCCAGCCAGCCGGCUCCUCUUCCUCUUCCUCAUCACAAGGGCAGUGGCAAUACCACGCCACCCAAGUAUACGAACUAAACAACCCCGUUUGCGAAGAGGACAUGCGCGAAGAAGCAUGGCUGCGCGGCCCAAUCACCCGAUACAAAUACCUGCCGCCCGCUGUCAUCGGACAACUACUAUGGAACUUGAGACAUGCCGUCUUUGGCGAACCACUCCUCGAGCAACAACAACAACAGCAGAAACAACAAGUCACCAGCUCCCUCGUCCAUCCCAGCCCCCAACCUCAACCUCAACCUCAGCCGCCUCGAGGCACCGACAUGGACCACGCGCGGAACCAGCUCCCCAGCGUCACACCACCAGGCAGCAUGACGGUAUCGCAACAAAUAUCAGCCCAGAUCCACAGCGACAUCGCUUCGUCCACUCAGUUCCCGACCUCGGACGACAUGGUUCCAUCAACACCAGACUCCAACGAGCCCAUCAAGCUCCCCUCCUCAUCAACUGCAACUACCAAGACGAAAACGCUCCCUGCCCCCCGCGCACCCAGGAAACCGUCAAGACUCGUCCGGCCCUCCCAGGCCACCACCCUCUCGCAGCCAUCCACCCCCGGGAAGCAGACUCAGCAACGGGCGAGCAACCCCUCCCAGAGCAGCGUGCAGUUCGUUGAAAGCGGCUCCCUCGGCAGCUUACCUUUCCCGUCCUCCUCGGGAUCCACAUCGCAGCUCUUGACCAAGAGUCAGAUGCUGCCGGAUAGUCUGAUACAGGACCAUGCUCCGCCCCUGCAGCCCGAGAUAUGGGACUCGGAUGACGACAAUGUUUCUCUGUAG